AUGAUGUGGUCUCUAUCACUCCUAUCAAGCGUUUUGUUUCUCCACCGAUCGCUUGCUCUAGCACCUACAUACUCUGACAGCAUUUUCUCGCCAUACAUAGUCGAGAAGUAUGAUCGUAUUGAAGCAGACCGGUGGACCAGCGGCUUCUUGCCAGGAUCUUUCUACCUUUUGGAGGAACGCAAAGGUUUGUGUCCCAACAACGAGGCUUUGAAUUCGGUUGAUUGGCUUACAUACGGAAGGCACUGGAGCAAUGGUUUGAUUCCGCUUCAAGGGGGGAAUGCACAAGAGCACGACCAGGGGUUCCUGGCCAUUCCGUACUUAGAGGAACUCAAAAUUAACCCGACCAAUCUACUGUUCAAGGCAGCAGAUCUAUCUGGAAAUCAAACACUGAUCGAUAUGGCUAUCAGUCAUGCUAACAAAACAAUUGCCAACCACGCGCAAUCAUCAGAUAUUACACUAACCAGGGCUACGCGGAAGACAGCACCUGGACACGAGGUCAAGCUUGGGGUAUAUAUGGAUUCGCCAAAAUGUUCAACCUCACCAAUCAACCACUAUCUGGAUGCCGCUCGAAGAAUGGCAAAAGUAUUUCUAAGUCGCCUACCUUCGGACGGAAUUCCUCCGUAUGACUUUGACGCACCCACUCCUAAUCGGCCAGCUGAUACCUCUGCUGCCACUAUCGCUGCUGAAGGGCUGUUUAUAUUGGCAGAAGCCGAAGCCUAUGUGAGUAGUAACGUAGUUCAGUCCAUAACCCCCCCUCAUCCCAUCCAUAACCCAGAGCAAAACGUCACAGGCGAAGACUAUUAUAAGGAGCAGGGAGUCAAGCUUUUGGUGCACAACUUCAAGUUUGCACUCCAGCCAACUUGGGAUAGCAUUUUGAGCAACGGCACUUCGAACGCUCGUCGGAACAACACAAACACAGGCUUAGUCUAUGGAGACUAUUAUGCUAUACAGGCCGGGAACACUAUGCUAAAGCUUGGUCUAGCCUCGUGCUAG